AUGGCAGCACUCACGGAUGAUACCGGCGAAACGUUUGAGAAUGUACCAAGUCCACUGUCUGAUGUUGGAAAUCAUGACAACUACUAUGCCAGACGACUUCGGAUUAGACUUGAUGGCCCAGAUUUUACUACUUUAGGCACCCUGCCGAGGCAGAAUACUGUUGCAGUCGAGGCUAGGCGAUUUCGUGAAAAGCGUUUUUAUGCCUCCUCGAAACGUAACCAAGCCGUACAGAGGAGUCUUGGAAACAUGUUGACAUUUGAUGGAGUGAGUUUGGCGGAAAUUGUUCUGAAUAUGCUGGCGCCGAGUAGACGCUGUAGACAGCGACAGACCCGCCAGAAGCAGACGAAAUCUUUCUCUCUUUCUCUCGCUCUCAAGAAGAAUAAAAAGAAGAAGAAGAAGAAGAAGCAUCAA